UUAUUGAACGAAACAAAAUUCGCUUUUACUAAAAGUGCUUCAUUGCCUCUUUUAUUCCUCCUAGAAUGCAUCGAAAAUUUAUUUAUUUACAUCAUUACAAAAAAAUAAUAAAAAAAUAAAUAAAAACACCUGGUUGAGUGUGUCACUAUUUUUAUUUUCAUGAUUUUAUCAAAAACAAUGCAUGGUUAGUUGCUUACACUAUAACUCUCUCUCUCUCUCUCUCUCUCUCUCUCCUCUCUCUCUCCCUAAACCAUUUUGUAGAGUCAUUUUCUUUAAAAACUCUUUCACAAUCACAACUCUUCGUUCUCUCUCUCUCUCUUCUUUUUAUUUAUUUAUUUAUUACCAACAAUCUUGAAUUUUUCCACAUUGUUUCUUCAAAACAUGAUUUGGAUUUAAUUUCUUAAAUUAUUUGGCAAAUGCAUUCAUGGGAUUGUUCAGUUCUUUGUUGGGACAUGAUUCCAGAAGAUUUAUCAAGAGAAAAGAUAGUGAUGCAGGCGAAGCAGGUCGUGCGUUGGAAGAGCUCCGAAGCUCACUAUUCAAUGAGCUUCGGACUUCCGAAGGAGCCAAACGCCAACAACAACGUUUUUGCGGGCCCGUUGUGGCGAUGACCUUCAAUUUUAUGGUUGCGGUUGGAAUCAUUCUCGGAAAUAAAUUGGUUAUGGGGAGAGUUGGAUUUAACUAUCCAAUAUUCCUCACGCUAAUCCACUACGUAACCGCUUGGAUUCUACUCGCGAUUUUCAAGGCAUUCUCGUUGCUUCCGGUGGGCCCACCUUCUAAAACAACACCGUUCUCAUCGUUGUUUGCUUUGGGAGCCGUUAUGGCUUUUGCCUCCGGACUUGCUAAUACUAGCUUAAACCACAAUAGUGUUGGUUUUUACCAGAUGGCUAAAAUUGCCGUCACUCCGACCAUCGUCACUGCAGAAUUUUUUCUUUUCAGAAAGACGAUUUCAUUCAGCAAGGUUGUGGCUCUAGUUGUCGUCUCGUUCGGUGUGGCAGUUGCAACUGUUACGGAUUUGGAAUUCAAUGCGUUCGGCGCGUGCGUUGCGUUUGCAUGGAUUGUUCCGAGUGCCAUUAACAAAAUACUCUGGUCCAAUCUGCAGCAACAAGGAAAUUGGACCGCUCUUGCGCUGAUGUGGAAGACGACGCCGGUCACAAUCUUCUUCUUAGUAGCUCUAAUGCCAUGGUUGGACCCACCAGGCGUAUUGUCUUUCAAGUGGGGCCCGACGAACACUUCCGCAAUUCUCGUAUCGGCGUUGCUCGGAUUUCUCUUGCAGUGGUCCGGUGCUUUAGCACUUGGUGCUACUUCCGCAACAUCGCACGUAGUUCUAGGGCAGUUCAAGACUUGUGUGAUACUACUCGGAGGAUAUUUGCUAUUUGGUUCCGAUCCGGGACUCGUGAGCAUCGUCGGUGCGAUUUUAGCUCUUUGCGGAAUGUCGGUUUACACGUCACUUAAUCUCAAAGAGUCAACCGAGAAGUCUACUAAUCUUCUCCCGAGUCAAAAUUUACCUUCCGUGAAACCCGUGAAACCGAAGAGUUCCGAAGAUGAAGAAAAACCACUUGUCGAGGAUAAUUCGAGUGCUGUUUGAUCUUCGAAAGACCAUUCGAUUUUUUUUUAACUACCCUUUUUGUAGUGAAGGCUUACAAAUUAAAGCUUUAUUGCUUGAGAAAUUCAACUUUUUUGUUAGCAAAGUGCUUAUUGAUUUGGCAGGGCAUAUAUGUUUCAAAUCCAAGAUUUUUCCUUUGUCCUAUGUACAGAAUUUUAA